AUGGCAUGCAAAGAGCUGACAGAAGAAGGUGCAGACAACCUCCUAGAGCAGCUCGACACCGCGUACAGGCGUGUGGAGGAGUCGCAGGGCAGCAGAGUAAAGCUGGAGUCAGCAGAGAUCAACCUCUUGAAAGUGCUGGAGCAGGCACGCGACAUGCUCACCGCUGCGCUUAUGGCUUCUGCAGAUCGGGCGGCAUUGAAGGAAAUCUUCGGUGGUUCUUGCCGCAGAACUGGCAGAAUUCGAGCCGUUCUUGACGCCGCACAAUUCACCUCCGAGCGAGUCGUUGACCCACGGCUCAUGGGUUGCCGAAACGCCUGCGAGUCAGUGGAGCAAGUUCUGCGAGACCUCGGGCUAGGUGCAGCUCUGCGGGCUGCGCAGGUGGCCGAGCGAGAGGCACUGGCGAAAGAGAAGGCCAUGAUUGCAUCUACUCGCACGCCACCAAAACCGCCUCCAGGUGGCGAGGAUGCCGCCGCUGCAGCCGCUGCGGCUGCAGCGGCGAAGGUGGCAGAGGAAGCCGACCGCUUGGCCCGCGAAGAAGCGGCGAGGAAAGCUGCAGAAGCAGAAGAAGCUGCUAGAGCAGCUGCUGUUGAAGAAGCGGCGAGAGAGGCGGCCAAGGAAGAGGCCGCCAGAACAGCCGCCGCAGAAGCAGCAAGAAGAGCUGCAGAGGAAGAGGCCAGCCGAAAAGCUGCUGCUGAAGAGGUAGCCGCUGCAGAGGCAGCAAGAGUCGCUGAAGAGGAGGAGGCCGCUCGAAAAGCUGCCGAAGCGGAGGCGGCCAGAAGACUUGCCGAAGAGGCAGCCGCUGCAGAAGCAGCGAGAAGAGGUGAAGAGGAAGAGGCCGCUCGAAGAGCUGCUGCAGCAGACGCGGCGAGAAAAGCUGCUGAAGAGGCAGCCAGAAGAGACGCAGAAGCUCGCGCAGCUGAAAUGGCGGCCAGGAAAGCCUCUGAAGAGGAGGCUAGGAAGCGCCGUGAAGAAGAGGUGCAUCCGAAGGGCAAGGGCGGAAAAGGAAAAGGCAAAGCGAAAGGCAAGCAUCCAGGCGCAGAGGUGUGCACCCCGGCCCGACCGCUGUGUCACGCAGAGAAAGUCCCGCUGUGUAAGAUCGGUUGUGGCCGACAAGUUGCGCCCGGGGUGACCAGACAUGGGAAGCCUUUCGACACCUGCUGCCGGGGGUGCGCGCUUGGGGCGGGUCACGAUGAUCUUUGCGGAAAGAUCAACCCUUCCAAGGUUGGCCCAGGAAAGUGCAAGAUGGGCUGCGGCCUUGAUGCGGCCAAAGGCCGCGACUCUUCUGGCUGGGCCUUGGAUACCUGUUGCCGUGGUUGCGCCACUGGCGAAGGGCACGACGGGAAGUGCGGCAAGGAUGUCGGGGACAGGGACGUACCGUACACUACCAUUGACCCGGGUGAGUCCUUCUACCGUAUGGCGAAGCUCCAACUGCCAGUGGUUCAAUACAAUCAGCUCGUGCAGGAGAUUCGGGAACUGAACCGCAAAAGCCAGUCUUUGGAGGAAUGCCACCGCAAAUGCUCGGUGUUGAUUGGAGAUGGAAAGGAAGAGCUGCUACUGGAGCUGAGGAGGUUGCUUGCAGCCUCCAGCGUUCGGCUAAGCCGACGGUCUGAGGCUGCGAUUGGCGCGUAG